AGCCGUUCAAGUUUAUGCUUUUAUUGUAAGAUACUGUUUGAAAUUGGUAAGAUACUGUUUGAAAUUGGUAAAAUUGAGAAGCAUGAGGAAUGGACAAAAGGGUCGGUAUUGAGACCUGGGAUGGUUCUCUUGAAAAAUUUCAUAAGCCAUGAUGAACAGGUGAACAUAGUGAAAGUUUGUCGUGAACUUGGCCUUGGCCUUGGAGGAUUUUAUCAACCAGAACAUGCAAAUGCAGCGAAACUUCAAUUGAAGAUGAUGUGUCUUGGUAUGGAUUGGAAUCCUCGGACCUAUAAGUAUGGAAAUAAACGAGUAUUUGAUGGCAGCAUUCCACCUAGUAUUCCCAUUCACUUCAGUAAAUUAGUUAGAAGAGCAAUACAUGAAGCUCAGUCUCUGACUAAAAAGAAAUAUAGAGCAUGUAAAUUGGAGGACGUUCUUCCUUCUAUGACUCCUGAUAUUUGCGUUGUCAUUUUUUAUACAGAAAAUGGAAAGCUUGGUCUUCAUCAAGAUCGUGUUGAAAGCAGAGAAAGUCUUCGAAAAGGGUUGCCUGUUGUGUCUUUCUCUAUAGGUGAUUCAGCAGAUUUUUUGUAUGGAGAUGUGAGGAAUGCACAUAAGGCAGAGAGGGUAAUACUAGAAUAUGGAGAUGUGCUAAUAUUUGGUGGUGAAUCUCGACGUGUUUUUCAUAGCGUGCGAUCAGUUUUACCAAAUUCAGCUUGAAAGGAAUUGCCGAGAGAUUCUGGACUUUCUCCUGGUCGACUCAACCUUACAUUCAGACAGUAUUAAUGCAGUCUAAUCUAUUUACUUCAAAGAAUUGCUAUUUAUGUUGUUAUAGACAUAUUUUUUAUACUAACUAGUUAUCAUUGUC